AUGGCUGUCAACGAGCAAACUCUCCCCGAGUUGCAGCCCAUCUUCACACUGUUAAAUAGCCACUCGAACAAAUUGUACCAGGAGGGCUACUUCUUGAAACUAGAAGACCAGGACAUCCGAGGGAACCCGAACUCCGAUCGGACAUGGACCGAAUGCUUUGCUCAAUUAGUGGGCACGGUGUUGUCGCUCUGGGAUGCCGCUGAACUUGAUGCAGCGGGAGAGGACGGGGAAGUGCUGCCAAAGUUCAUCAACCUAACCGAUGCAUCCAUCAAAAUGAUCGAAGCUCUUCCAACAAAGACCAAUGACGAACAGCCGCUCCAAAACAUCCUGAGCAUAAGCACUGCCGGUCGCAACCGAUACCUGCUUCACUUCAACUCCCACCAUUCACUAAUCCAAUGGACCUCGGGGAUACGGCUCGCCAUGUAUGAGCAUUCCACACUCCAGGAAGCCUACACCGGCGCCUUGGUCGCGGGCAAGGGGAAAACUCUGAACAACAUCAACAUCAUCAUGGAACGGGCGAGGCAGCCGAUCCAAGAAUGGGUGCGUGUGAGAUUUGGUGCAGGUGUUCCGUGGAAACGGUGUUACUGUGUCAUUGAACCUCCGAGUGAAAAGGAAUAUCAAAAGGCUCAAAAGGAACACAAGAAGCGCUCUCCCUAUGACAGGUCUCACGGUCCUGUGCUAAAGGGUGAAGUCCGGUUUUUCGACACCAAGAAGGAAGCCGACAAAAAGAAGAAGAACCAGCGGCCGAUCGCGUCCAUUACAGAUGCCUACUCUGCCUACGCCAUCUACCCACAGGCGAAGGAGCUAAUUGACUCGUCAACACUCUUGAAGGUAGAGGGCAACAUAACCAUCCACACGGAACCGGUAUCGGCCACCGAGGGAUUUGUCUUCGUUAUGCCCGAGACCCCCCCUGCCGUCUCCGGUUUCGAGGUCCUCCUCCGCUUCCUGUUUCCGAUAUGGGACACCUUUGCCUUGUAUGGCCGGCCGGGCCGGUUGGUGGCGAGCACCCUUGACACACGCUCACUGAUGUUUGCCAUGCCAAAGAACCGAAGAUAUGGCUAUCUCGAGCUUUUGGAUGUGACCGGAUUGAUACACACCGAAUCGAGUGCCACCUGGUCGGAACGAGAGUGGCGGAAGAGGCUCAAGGACCUGACGAGCCAGCGGAUGUCCGCUAUGGAAGAUGCAGCUGGGGGCGAUAGCCGGAGCACGAGCCGGCACAGCAAGCGGUUGAGUUACGGGAACCAAAACUCGGCAGCCCGACCGAAAGUAGGCUUUGCGGACGAUGGCGGCUCCGCCCGAUCAUCCCGCUCCAUGUCGGUGACGCGUCCGGGUAUGCGCAACGACUCGGCUCCUCCUGAUCCGAAUCGGGAGCGGGCACCGUCAGCAAUGGCCGGACAUUCUAGGCACUCCCGCCACAUCUCCGAUACACAACUUGGCGACGUCCCUCCUAGCCUCAGCCCCGACAGCUCUCCGACGGGCCAGCCCGUCCUACGCAACGGACCUGACCGUGUCCGAGCCUUUGCCACCGACUUGGCCUCCACGCCCGAGAGGAUGAGUUCCGAGGACGAUAGCCCGAUAAGAGGGCCAACAGCCGGUAAUUUUGAGGGCAUGAAGCCCAUGCAGACCCCCGAACCAGUCCAGGCGCCUCCGGCGUUUGCCCAUGGCGCAGGUUCCCGCCCGCAGCAGAAGCCCACCCCAUCCCCAGAGAUGCGCCGAGCGACCAACCGUUUGUCAAACACUACCCUGUCCCAGCUCGCCAGGGCUUCCGGCCUCGGCCCCGAGGCUUUUUCGGAUGACCGCAAUGAACUGCAUUACGGAAGCGAGAGUGCUGGUCCUGGACCAAAUAUCACCGACCGACGAGGUCUAGCGGUACAGCCACAAACCAGCGCCAACGCCAUGGGGAUGAAUGCUAAUGUCAAUGGAUCUCGUGAAGUUCUAACGUCCCCCACCACUGCCUAUCCACUCCGCGACGCUUCCGCGCCACCACCGCCGCUUCGGGAUCCGGCCCGGAAACGCUCAAACUCACCCCUCAGGGGCCCACCAUCAAACCCUGUUGGUAAUCCUUCCCCAUCCUUCCGCCCUGGCCCCCCGGGCGGUCGCCGCACCCCGCCCCCCGGUCCGAACCAACACCAGCCAUUCUCUCCCCCCGAGGGUUCGCCGCCCAUCAACCGGAAGCCUCUUCCCGUGAGGACAACCAGUCUAUCCCGUGACCGCCACGACGCGGUCUCUCCUAUCUCCUCCCAGCCGUCCCCCAGGUUCCCGCCUCCCGCGUCCGGAGCCCAAUUUAGGCCGAUGAACGACUUCACCCCCCCGGUUCCGGUCAACACCCGGUACCACCAAAAUGGCCAGAGGACCGCAGGCGACCGCCAAGACGACGCGUCUUCCACUGCCAGCCCGGACUAUGCAAGCACCCGCCGCUCUAUCGAUACCCAAGAGUCCAUUGAUCGGCCCCGUGCUGGUGUGCUGAAGGUCGUUGGUGAUGGAGGCGAUGGCUCGGGAAAGGCCGCCGCGGAUCAGGAAUAUGACAUUCCCGAGAUCAAUUUUGGGCGAACACUCAACUACAGCGCGCCCAUUCUCCCACGCGACAAGCCAUCUCCUAAGGAGACCCGUCCCUCUCCUUCUACAUCCGAUCGAAAGUCGCCUGGUCUCGUAGGCCCAUUUGCCUCCACCAACCCACAAUCCGAAGAGAAUGUUCGCCGGAGUGUUGUCUGGCCGGGUCCUUCUGCCGGAACGUCGUCAGACAACCUCGCAUCACUCCAACAGUCUCUUCAACCACGAACGUCGCCUGUUCCCCAAUACGCACACCAACGCGUCCCGUCAACGAAUACCCUGACUGACUACAAAGCUUCACAUUCUCGACACAGCUCGGCCGACUUGCUCUCUUCUGGGCGCCCACUUAGCCAAUCGCACUCGCGGCAUAGUUCGAUGGAAUUGCUGUCCAGCGGGCGACCGGCCAGCCGUGGUGCGGCGGCGGCCAUGUCCGGGGGCGAGUCGCACAAGCGAUCUGGCAGUCGAGGGGGUCUCCUGCACUCGCGUAACAGCUCUGCCGACCUUCUCGCCUCCGGACGCCCUAACAGUCAAGGGACCGCAGCUGCCCUGUCAGCGGGCGAGCUGUCUUCGUCUCUCUCGGCGCGAGAGCAAGAGCAUGUUGCACGGGUCACAGGCAGUCCCUUAAUCGCCUUUGCCGGUAGUAAGGGACCGUCGCAAACGCAAGCCGGUCUCGUUGGGGCGAUCGACGCCAGAGAACGCGAGAGAGCGCAAAUGAAGCAGGGGUUCGGUGGGCACGCAGUUGCGCAAGCCAUCGACCAAAGACACCGGGAGCAGAGCCAUGCCCAGCGAGCGGCACAGGCUGCGUACGCUCAACAACAGGCGCAGUUUGCCGCCCAGCAGGGCCUAGCCCGCCCACAAACACCUGGCAAUAUGAACAUGAUGAUGGGGGGUCCUAUGUCCCCCUCCUACGGCCCGCAGGGCCAGCCCCGGCCCCAGACCCCGGGCAGCAUGAUGGGCGGCCCCAUGUCACCUUACGGCCCUCAGGGUCAACCCCGCCCUCAAACCCCCGGCAGCAUGAUGAUGGGCGGUGGUAUGCAGCCUCGCCCGCAAACGCCGGGGACCAGAAACAUGAUGAUGGAUGGCGGCGCUCCGUCGCCAUAUGGCCCUAACAUGGCCGGCAUGAACACCCGCAACAUGAGCCCCGGCCCUAACAUGAUGAGCCCCCCGGGGCGCUACGGGCAGGGGCCACCACAACAGCGGCCUCCGAUGGGGCCUCACGGGGCGUCAUACGGCGGUGGUUCUCCGGGACAGGGCGGGUGGCAUGGGGGCAACAUGCCGCCUCGACAGGGUCCCCAGGGGCCCAUGAUGCCGUCGCCUAACAUGGGCUUCGGCAUGCAAGGAGGGCGUCCACAGUCACCGGCGUACCAACUGCCGCCGCAAAAUCAAUAUGCGCCCCCCGGAACGCCUGGGGGUCCCCGACCAGGAACCCCGGGGACGCCAGGCCGAAUGCAGUACCAUGGCCAGGCCUUUUAG